UUUGAAGCGUAUGAAAAAGGAAGGAACAGAGAAGGCUACUAUACUGGCGUAGUUGGAGCACAAGGCAUAUUCCGUUCCGAGAUUCCAAUUCCCUCGCUUCCCUUCUUUAUUUCGCGCCUUCCUCUCGUAGAAAUCUCCCACCAGCCGACACUCCUUCCGGCCACUUCACCGCCUCCCUCCCCAUCUUCUCUCCGGCCGCCGCUUGCUUCUCUCCUUUCUCACCGACUGGUUCGUCGGCUAACUCAAAAGUUUCCUUUAUUGGAAGGAUCAAAUCCUACCUUUUUUUCUUGUGUAAUUUUGGUGAUGGUUGUAAUUAAUACGAUCGUAUUCAUUCUUUUCCUUAUUUAUCACAAAAUUUCAUUUUUUGUAUGCCUCUGCUCUGCGCAGUCUGUUCUUCUCUGAUUCCCUCAUCAUCGAUUUCUAUUUAUGGUUGAUUUUAUAGGGCGAUCGAGUAAUUGAAAGCAGACAAGAGAAGAAGGGAAGGACAUGGCGCAGCAGCAGCAGCAGCAGCAGCAGCAGCAGCAGCUCCAAGUCCUGAACGCGCUCGAUGUGGCGAAGACGCAGUGGUACCACUUCACGGCGAUCAUCAUCGCCGGCAUGGGCUUCUUCACCGACGCCUACGACCUCUUCUGCAUCUCGCUCGUCACCAAGCUACUCGGCCGCAUCUACUACCACAUUGACGGCUCGCCCACGCCCGGCUCGCUUCCUCCAUCUGUUUCUGCCGCCGUCAAUGGCGUGGCCUUCUGCGGCACCCUAUCUGGGCAACUCUUCUUUGGCUGGCUCGGCGACAAGAUGGGUCGCAAGCGCGUCUACGGCAUGACGCUCAUGAUCAUGGUCCUCUGCUCCAUCGCCUCCGGGCUCUCGUUCGGCCGCUCCGCCUCGGGCGUCAUGGCCACCCUCUGUUUCUUCCGCUUCUGGCUCGGCUUCGGUAUCGGCGGCGACUACCCUCUUUCCGCCACCAUCAUGUCGGAGUACGCGAACAAGAAGACCCGCGGCGCCUUCAUCGCCGCCGUCUUCGCCAUGCAGGGCCUGGGCAUCCUCGCCGGCGGCAUGGUCGCCAUCGUCGUCUCCGCCGCUUUCAAGAACCGGUUCCAGGCGCCUCCGUACUCGGUCGACCGUGUAGGCUCGACGGUGCCCGAGGCCGACUACGUCUGGCGUAUCAUCCUUAUGUUCGGCGCUCUGCCAGCCGCGCUCACCUACUACUCGCGGAUGAAGAUGCCGGAAACGGCACGGUACACGGCGCUGGUGGCCAAGAACGCGAAGCAGGCGGCGGCGGACAUGUCAAAGGUUUUGCAGACGGAGAUCGAGGAGGAGCAGGGGAAGGUGGAGCAGAUUGCGUCGUCGAACACCUUCGGCCUCUUCUCGUCGGAAUUCGUGCGCCGCCACGGAAUGCACCUGGUAGGCACCACCACCACUUGGUUCCUGCUCGACAUCGCCUUCUACAGCCAAAACCUGUUCCAGAAGGACAUCUUUAGCGCCAUCGGGUGGAUCCCCAAAGCUGCAACCAUGAACGCGCUCGAGGAGGUGUACCGCAUCGCUCGGGCGCAGACCCUCAUCGCGCUCUGCGGCACCGUGCCGGGCUACUGGUUCACGGUGGCGCUCAUCGACGUGAUCGGGCGGUUCACCAUCCAGAUCCUGGGAUUCGCGAUGAUGACGGUGUUCAUGCUGGGGUUGGCCAUCCCUUACCACCACUGGACGACGCCUGGCAACCAGAUCGGCUUCGUGGUCAUGUACGGCUUCACCUUCUUCUUCGCCAACUUCGGGCCCAACAGCACCACCUUCAUCGUGCCGGCGGAGAUCUUCCCGGCGCGUCUCCGCUCGACGUGCCACGGGAUCUCGGCGGCGACCGGAAAGCUCGGAGCGAUCAUCGGAUCCUUCGGGUUCCUAUACUUGGCGCAGAACCCAAACCCGGCCAAGGCCGACCACGGCUACCCGGCCGGCAUCGGCGUCAGGAACUCGCUCUUCUUGCUGGCCGGAUGCAAUCUUCUCGGGCUACUCUGCACCUUCUUCGUGCCCGAGUCGAAGGGGAAGUCUCUGGAGGAAAUAUCAGGCGAGAACGAGGGCAAGGACGACAUCGCCGGCGAUAACAAGACCGUGCCGGUGUAG